CUGUAAGUAGUUUUUUGAAGUACCGUUGCACGUAGGUGUUGCCAAGCUGCAACACUGUCCUCUCAAGUCUAUUGUUUUGAGAGGGAGUUCCAUGGAACGCAAAAAAUACACGCGUUGGAAUUUGAAGUAAGUAUCCGAGAACCUAUCUGUAUCUCCUUCUCCUGUCUCUGUAUAGCUGCUACUGUAAACAGACGUUCGUCGUGAUUGCCUAUAUUAUUGUUAUCUAUUUGAGUGACUUUUUAAACAUCUGUAUCUGAUCAAACAAAUUCCCUGUUGCGUCCUCCAUCCUUUUUGUACUUAAUACUUACUACGAAAAUGCGUUUGCUUCUGAUGUCGAUUGAACCCGUUGUAUCCUGAGAAAGUUGUUUGCAUCGUCGUGAAAUAACAUGGUUGUAUCGUCUACGUCCCAUUGAGGACAAGACCCGAGAGGGGCUCUUCUUCCGGCGCAGAUACGAUCAUUCGGACUGCCAUUGCGGAUCGAGAGCCGCCUUGCCGAUUACCUACGGAGAAAAACAUACGAGCUCCAGCUUUGAGACAGAGUUUGUCCGAGAAUGCUGGCUCUGGCGACAAGAGGAGGGAUUGCCCGCACCAUGGGCCGCAGGUCAUUUUCGACGGGCAAAGCGAUAGUAGAACCAAGCGAAACACCAAGACAAAAAUUCGCACGAUGGGCUGAUAUCUUCGGAACGUGGACACGGUUUUAUAGUCGACGAGCGUGGGUGAUGGAUCUGCAUCCAAACGGUAUUCAAAUUUAUUGAAACAAGGUCGCACUCCUCCCCAUUUGUUUCAGUAGCUAGCAGCGCAAGGAAAUGCUCGUCUUUUCUGGCACUUACAGUUGAAAGUGGACGUGCUCGCUGAUCGAUGUGGGUCAAAAAUACAUCCUGCACAUCCAGCGUACUUCUAGACGGCGCUUUUUAACCACUAAUUUCAGAUCGCGUAUGGGCUCACAUGUGGACCGAGUAUGACCGGAAAGUCGGCUUUUUCAUGUUCGGCAUGUGGACGUUUAAUAUGAGCGUCGCCUGGCUGUACUCGGCGCUACUAUUUAGUUGUCAACUUUUUUAUUUUUAGAUAUCGUAGCUGCAUCACUCAGUCAGAAUCGCACACAUUUUCUUGAUGAGAUAUCCGUGUGUCGAAUCAUGUGUGUGCUUCAAUUUUUGUCUCUUUUCGUUAUUUGUCUUUACUUUCAUUCCCGCUUUGCUGAGUCCUUGUUGUCGUUUUGAAGAUGAAGAUAAGUCAUGCCCUCUAGGUACCUGCAGAAUAACGUACAGGAAAACCAUAGGGUCAUGAAAAGUCCUUUCCCCUUGCCCUAUGCAUACGGCCCGGAAACCCAGAAUCGAGAUAACUGGAUGACGAUUGCAGAUGAUGUUCACUACUCGCAGUGCAAAGAUUGUCGAAAUAUGGACUGGCAAUGCAAGCGUAUCUGCUUCGAUCGACUGCGUGAUAUGGGUACCAUUACGAGUUCUACAUCAUCAUUAUCAUCAUUUUAGCAUAUCCAUAGUAUGAGCUUAUACGCUUGUCCGAAGGAAAAGGUAUCACGAUCGUGUGUCCGCCAAGUGAACAUGAAACAAGUGUCUUAGUUUUACAGUUGGUAAUUAUUAUGAUACUCAGAUUCAGCAGCACCUACUGAUGUUACAAUAUAUAUGCUUUAGGGCUGGACGGUGCCCCCCCUGUGGUCUGGUCUGUGGUGGCGCGCGCGCGCGCAUUUCCGCGGAUUCAAGUGGUGGAAGGCGUCCAAACUUGGCGCGGGCCUCCCCUUGGGCCUCUCAGCGGGUUCCUCAGGGGCCUCCUGGCCUCGGCUGACCCUCGCAGGCGGGAGGUCUCCGGGGUAAAAGGCCGCCGAGGGCGGUCGCAAGAGCAAGCAAGCCAAUGACCAAGGGCCCGGAGGGUUCAGGCUGCGCGGCUCAGGGGGUCCAGCCCCUCGCCUUUUGCCGCCGUCGGAGGCCUUCCAUAGCCGGCGCACUGCUGCGGCGGCGAAGCAUAUCUGAGGCACUUAGGGCACAGGCAGGCACCUGGGCGGGGGCGCAGGCGGUCCCUUUGGCCCCUUUUGAAGCCUCUCACCUACAUCGGAAGCCUGUAGGCAACAGCCAGGCAGCGGGGAGGGAGCGGAGGCGGCCGCCUUGCCUCCUCUUGCGGCCUUCCACCUACGUCGGAGGCCUCUAGGGGAAAGCCAAGCACCUGGAAGGGGGCAAAGGAGGCAACUUGGUCCCCUUUUGAGGCCUCCCACACCCGGCAGACGCCUCCAAAAGGGGUCCGGGGCUGCCGGUACCCCCCCCCCUACGCCAGGCACACCCCCCCUAUGCCUACGCUAGGGUGGGGGGGUGCCGGCAGCUCCAAGCCUUGGAUCAUACAUAAUAUACUUCCACGCGUUCUUGUUCCCUUGCUAAAAAAGGUUAUCCUGUUUGGGGUUUGCAGCGAUCAAUUGCAGAGGUCGGAUCUCAUCGUCUCAUACCCGAAAACAAGAUCUCAUGGGAGCCGCAGAUGCAGUGGGCCAAGAUGUUCUCCAGCAAUUCAGGGUUACACUAGAAUCCACGGACUACAAGGUUACUAUGUCUUACUUCAACACCAUAUACAAACUGCUUUUUUUGAAGCAUCUUGUUGCAUUAUACCCGUGGCAUCUUGAUUCGCGCCUCUGUGAUUGUCAUAGUCAUCGAGGCUAUCUUUCUUGUUUUUGAUUUCCGUAGAUGGAGCUACUCUGUGACGAGUCGCGACAACAAUCUCGACGAUCGAGCGGCCAUGGCCGAACUAUUGCUGCAGCGG